UUCAAGAAAAGAUUGGACAACAGUUUGUCUGUGAUUGAAUAAGGACUCUGCCUUUGAGCAGGGGGUUGGACUAGAAGACCUUUAAGGCCCCUUCUCACCCCGUGAUUCUACGAGUUUCUAUUUUUGGAAGCAAUUUUACUGCUUUAAAUGCUAACUUCGUAACACUGAACAUUUCGGGGGAAGAUGAGGAAAAUACGGCUGGUUUCAUUUUCUUUCACCGUGAAAAAGCGUUUUUUUUUUGUUGUGGUGAUUUUUUUUUGUUUCUGGGAUAUUUUGUCUUUUCUUUUCUGAAGGCGGGUGUGUGUGUGUGUGUGUGUGUGUGGUUGUUUUAGGACUGACAAGUUUUCAGGCUCAAAAGAAACCCGAGGCUAGUUCUCCCGGUCUCCGAGCCCUGCUCUCGGUUGCAAAACCGUGAAGCAGUUACGGAACCUCUUAGCGAUGUCGUUCCUUUUGAUCCGACUUCAGACUAGAUUCGAUGAUACUUUGGGACCAGGAUCUGGGAACGGAAAGCACCGCAUGCAGAACCCCCCUCUUCCUUUCGCCUUCCCAACCUCCACCAGCGCCUGGGAUGGGUCCCCGCUGCACCUCUGCAGGGCCGCCGUGACCUUCCCUGGCCUUGCACUCUCGCAGGCCUGCCUGCCACAAAGGACAAUCCUGGUGCAAUGCAGUUGCAGUCCUGCACGGCCCCCCCACAGCAUUCUCUGAGCCUUGCAAAUAGGCAGGUAUUUCCCUCCCAUCCAGCCGGCCAGCUUCCCCGUUCCUCCGAACUCCUGCCGGCUGCAGGCAAGAUGCUGUUGCCUUUUAUUACUCUCUCUUGGCUGGCAAAACAAGACAGUGUGUGUGUGUGUGUGCAGGCUGACCAAGUGUGCAAGCACACAAGGUAUCUCUGCUCAGCCAGGCUCUCCCUUCCCAUUCCCCCUUCUGAUGUGGUUGCAGGUCUUGCCCACUGGCGAAGUCAGCUAAAACCCAACUCCAAAAGGGCCCAGGGUAGGCAGGUGCGCGGCCGCUUUCUCCUCUCCAGGUUCAAUUAUCAAGCAGAAAACCCACCUCGCCGCUCAGCCUCGCUCCCUUCCACCUGCAGAAGGCUGGACAAGCAGAAAGACGAUCAUAAUGUUGCCCCAAAAGAAGAACUGGAAAUCCAUGUGUAAAGGCCUCGUCCUGGGAACUCUCCUCACCAGCUUCAUGCUGGUUCUCUAUUCGUAUGCCGUCCCACCCUUGCAAGUCAGCAUGACAGAGAUUCCCAUCCCUUAUUCAUGCUCGUCCUACCGCACCCGCGCCCGGCUCUCAACUUCAGGGAACAGCAGCCAGGGCUCCCCAGGAGAAAAAUGCCUUCCCAGACUCAACAUCAUGUUCAUGAAGACCCACAAAACAGCCAGUAGCACCCUCCUUAAUAUCCUCUUCCGCUUUGGAGAGAAGCACCACCUGAAGUUCGCCUUCCCCAACGGACGUAGUGAUUUUUACUACCCGUCUUUCUUUGACCGAAACCAGGUGAAGGGCUACCAGCCCGGCAUGUGCUUCAACAUCAUUUGUAACCACAUGCGCUUCCAGUACGAGGAAGUGCGCAAGCUGCUGCCGGCCGACGCCCGGUUCGUGACGGUGCUGCGGGAUCCCGCCUACCUCUUUGAGUCUUCUUUCCAUUACUUUGGGGGCGUCAUCCCUUUGACCUGGAAAGUGUUGGGAGACGACAAGCUGGCUGAGUUCCUGAGGGACCCUUGGCAUUACUACGACCCGAAAGGGUUCAACGCACACUACCUCCAGAAUCUCCUUUUCUUUGACUUGGGCUACGACAACAACAUGGACCCCAACAGUCCCUUGGUCGAGCAGUACAUUCGUGAGAUCGACGGACGUUUCCACCUGGUCAUGCUGCUGGAAUACUUCGACGAAUCUCUGGUGCUUCUGAAGGACCUGUUGUGUUGGGAGCUGGAGGACAUUCUCUACUUCAAGCUCAACGCCCGCAAAGGCUCCACCGUCUCAAAGCUGACCGACGAACUCUACCAAAAAGCCACGGUUUGGAACCUCCUCGACGCCAAGCUCUACCGGUACUUCAAUGCCACGUUCUGGCACAAAGUGGAAGCCUACGGGAAGGCCAGGAUGGCGAAGGACGUCGCCAGGCUGAAUGAAGAGAACGAGAAGAUGAAGAGCAUCUGCAUCGACGGAGGCCGCCCCGUGGACGCCAACUCGAUCCAGGAAUCCUCCAUGCAACCCUGGCAGCCCCUGGGCGAGAAAUGCAUCCUGGGUUACAAUUUGAAAAAAAGAAUUCACAAAAAGCAUCGGAAACUUUGCCGCAAAAUGCUGACCCCCGAGAUCCAAUACCUGAUGGACCUCGGGGUCAACCUGUGGAUCACCAAGCUAUGGAGCUGGGUGAGGAUGUUUUUGAAGUGGUAAGAGGGUGAGGCCCCCUGGCCAUGUGCCAAGUACUUCUUCUCUCCGUUCUUUUGGUUCCUUCCCUUUGCAUUCCCUUCCGAUACCGGUUAGUCAGGCACACAACGCCGAACUCACUUUGUGACCAACGACCAACAGGAGAACCAUCUCGAGAAUAAAGUGUUUUCGAAGGUGAAUUAUUAUUAUUUUUUAAAAAAAGGGAGGGAAAUGGGUGACCAAGCCUUGUAACCAAGGGAGGGAGAGAAGGUGCUGUACAUCUAUGACUCAAUUUUUGGCUGGACUUUCGGGAAGAAGAAAGUAAAACGGCCGCCAAUGUCCCUCAGGUCCUCUUCACCAACCUGUGUUUUAGCUCUCGGUGGUCGCUCAGCUGUUUUAACCUCCCCGAUGAGCACAGUGAAAACCAAACCAAGAAACUUCCACCAACUGCAGUAUUUGGCCACUCGGAAUCUCAAUGCCCCUCUCGUAGUCCAACUCUCGCGGACCACAAUCGCCAAGAGUACACUAGAAGAGAGUUCGGCCGAUUAGGGGAGCGAGUGCGUGAAGAAGACAACGUGCCGGUACAUCGUUUCUUUUCGUUGAGUCAUAGGACUGGAUGCCCAUUUCCCAGAGGCGAGUCGAACGGGUAGUUUGCCCCCGAACUACAAGUAAAGAGCGAGAACUUUGGAGCAGUACAGUUUUUCGUGUACGUCGAGCCGAUCUGCUCCCCAGAGCUUAAAGCCAUUGUCAUCCCCUUGGACCUCUUGAGUACUGUAAUUUUCUGCUUGAAAUUUUGGAGCACCAGAUCCUCGUUUUGUUCAGGAUGCUUUGCCGAGAGAGAGAGAGAGAGAGAGAGAGAGAGAGAGAGAGAGAGAGAGAAGCCAAGCGCUUAAUUUGGUAUCGCUGUUUCAGUUUUAUAGCGCAGGUGUGCCCGUGUGAAACUUUUAAGUAUUUACCGUGAGUUGUGAAUGUGUAUUUCUGUAACAUGUGCGUACAUAAAUUCCCCCUG